UCACGAUGGGGAAACGUCAAUCCAAGAAAGAACGUAAAGAUCGUCCUUCUAGUCAGAGAAACGCUAAGGAGUCAGAAGCUUUUUUACAAGUUCACGAAAGGAGGAAUCAGGACACUACGAUGAAUAACGAUGGUGAACGAAGAACCUCGCGCUCCCGUAAUCCAUUGCGAUGGUGCUUUGGCAAAUUUCGAAGGUCAACAUCCCAAUAUGAUAUCGAACAUGCAGAAUCUUCUUUGGACCAUCUUAAGAUAACACCUUCCAAAAAGAACGACCGUGCUGAACGCUACGGACAGAGAAUCACAAACAUCGAUCAUGAAAAGUUUACAUCACUAAAAAGAGAGCAGCAAUCAACUGAAAUUCAUCUUAAUGAUAUUGAAAUCACUACAGAACCCAUCGCUACUGAAACCGAGCUGGCAAAGAAAACGUUUGAACUGAAUAAUGAACGAAUAGCACGCCAACAACUUGAAGCACAACUAAAUGACCGUAAUAAUGUUAUUGAACAACGUGAGAAUGAAAUAAAAACUCUUACAGAUGAUAAAGAAAAAUAUCGGAAACAAAAUGAACACGAUACAAAAACUAUCAACGAGAUGAAUAUAAAAAUAAAGACAUUAGAGGAAGAAAAACAAGACACACUACGGAGGAUGCGUAGUAUCAAGUCGAAAUUCUUGUCUGAAUGUGUUGAAUCGAUGUCGCCAGAUAAAAAAGAGCAUUCUCUGGUUCAUCUUCAAAGCGAUGCGUCAUCAGAAAACGUCCUUAAUGAAAACGAGGGACCGAAGCUUACAAACAUCGACAAUGAAGUGCUUACUUCUCUUCGAACAGAGCUUGAUAGAUUUCAGGAAUUGUUUCAAAAUCUUGAAACACUUCUUGAUGGCCAGAAUACUGUAAUUAAACAACAUGAAAAUACAAUCCAGGAACUCGAACGUUUCAACGCUACGCUAAACAAAAGUCUUACAGAUCAGAAAGAAAAAAUGGACAAAGAACUUGAACAUCAAAAGCAACAAUGUACAAACAUGCUGACCGAAAGUGAAAGACAAAUACAGAAACUGAAUGGAGAUAACAAAAUAUUGAAUGAAGAAAAACAGGAGGCACUACGGAGAUUAAGUGCCAUGAUGUCGACGAAACUUCGAGACAACAACCCGAACAUCGCCGACCUAAGUGAUCAGUUCAGACCUACUAAACUCGGUGAACAGUUCUCUGAGCUCUAUGACAACGAGUGGACAGACGCAUUCGACGUUCUUCAGAAUAAGUUUGAGGAGAGACAUGCCAUAAGCGUUUUGUUGGACAUAGCCAUGGAUACAUAUUGGUUUUGUGAGCAAGAGCUCCGUGAAGAGUGGAAGUUUACCGAGAAAUGGUUUAUACAGAAGGAUGCUCCAUCCGCUCAACAGAUCAAAAAGACGUUAAAGGAUGCACGAAAACAGACACUCGUUGGCCGUGUUUCAGAAAUUGAAGAGAAAUACAUCGACUACCUACUCACACUUUGCAGCAAUGAUAACCUAAUAGUGUUGGUGAAAUCUUCUAAAGUAAGAUGUUACAUCGCUAGCUGCGUAAGACUGACUCUUCUGAUGACAGCGAAUGAUCCGCCGGUUGUCAUUGAAUGUCCUGGUUGGCAACCUUUUUCGGAACGACCUUAUGAGGAGAGAAAACCUGAUGUGAGUAUCAGGGAACAGGAAUCAACCACUGGAUUAUGUGAAAGUACAGCGACGGAAAAUAAAGAUGACUCGGACAGCUUAAUGAAUAACAAUAGUUUUCAAGCAGAGGCAGAACCAAAUACCCCAGAUGGAAUACUUCUUGGGGAAAAACAUGAAGGUGAAAUUGUUGAAUCAGGAGAGAGCAACAUCAAUUCGGGCGAUAUGACAAUCGUUACGAAUACCUUUGCUCAAAAGCGGAAUUCUGUUGAGAUGCCGACCGAACUACCUUCUGCAGAAAUGACUAUCGGUGAAAAAAGCAACGACACGGUUAAUAAGCUGACGGAUUCGAGUGAAAAUCAAGUUGAUAGUAAAAAUAAUAGAUUGGAAAAUAUGGAAUCCAUGAAAAUGUUAAAUGAUCAACAAAACGAACACAACAAUAGCUUGCGUUGGGAAGAUGAUGAAAAUAUUCCUUCCUCUUUAUUGGAGGAAAUUCCGUCUGGAAGUGAAACUCCCACGGCACAUGAUAACGCAAACGAAAUUUCCACAGUCGCCGUUGAACAUGUUCAAUCUGAUAACGGCAUAACGGUUGAUUCGACACUUCAGGUGGGCGGGACAAACAUUGAAUCGGAUCAAGAUAAGAACACUUAUUACGGCUUUGGCACAACACCAAAUCCUAUUGAAUUCGUAAACCAACCUUCUGGAAUAAAAAAUCAAAGGAUUGUACAUGAACGACCUAAAGAGAGCAAGACAAAUGAAAAUGCCGAGAAAAUGCCAAUGACCAAAGAACGAGCUGACUUUGAUAAAGACAAAUUCAAAGAAUACACAUCCCGUGGUCCAUUUGUGGACUACGUUGUUUGGCCGAUUAUGUACUUACACCGUGAUGGCCCGAUGCUCGGGAAAGGUAUUGCACAAGGGUGUAAGGAGAAAAUGGAAGAUGGCAGUUGUGAACCAUUCGUGUGGUGGAAGAGGCUACCGACGACGCAUAUGUAACAACAAAAUGUGUUCAAUUGUCUGCCUGUAUUUACAGGCCUAUAUUUUCGAAUUAGCUAUAACUAAACUCCCAUUCGCAAAUUAUUAAGUACCUUGAUUGUGUUCCUGUGCACCGAAAAGUUUACUGAAAAACGCUAUUGCAUAGUUAAUGUGAUUAUUUAUAUUGUUAUUGAAAUACGUAAAUAAGGUUAAUGCGUUAUUUGGUCUGAAACAUCCAAAUGCAAUCCAUUUUACUGGCCUAAGAAAAAUUAUAGUGUUCGACUUGUAUUUAUAUUAUUGCAUGACAAAUCCAAGUUUAAAAUAGAGACUUUAAAGAUCCGUAAAUACUCAAAAUCAAUUAAUACUAAGAAAAAUAAACCUAUAAAAAAUCAGUGUUCCUUAUAGCAAUAAUCAAAUUACACGCGAUGUAAGAUCAUAUCAAUGGCCAAGCUAAGCUACUUACUGCAGGUAACGAAGCCAUUUGGUCCACAAGUGGUUUGUAAACACAGCUUGGAAUUUGAUGACGGCAGCAGCACAUUUCUGGGAUAGCUUGCAUAAAGUAUGCAAAUUAACGCAAACCGAAUGAAUUCGAUCCUGACUCGAGGUCAUCCGUAAAACGAAACAAGAUGACAUUGUAAAACGAUUUUUAGAUGCUAAAAAGUUGCAGAAUGUUUGUAUUUGGACGUUUUUAGACCAAUGUUACUUGUUGUAGGGUCGUCCUAUUGUAAUUAACCUUCGUAUGGCACUUUGUGUUGUUGGAUUGUGUUAUGCCCCCGACGGAGGGCAUAUAGUGAUCGGACCGUCCGUCCGUCUGUCUGCCCGUCUGUCCUUCCGUCACACUUUGCGUUUAGGUUUCGCGUUUAGGUUUCGAAAAAUGCCCAUAACUUCUUUGUCGCUUCAGAUAGAAACUUGAUAUUUGGCGUGCAUGUGUAUCUCAUGGAGCUGCACGUUUUGAGGGGAGAAAUGUCAAGGUCAAUGUUAUCCUUCAAGGUCAAAGGUCAAAAAUGUGGCUUCAAAGCGGCGCAGAAGGGGGCAUUGUGUUUGUGACAAACACAUAUCUUGUUAUAAAGCUUAUAAAGUAUUGGGUAGUGUUUACGGAACUUAGAACAUAUGUUCAAACUUAAUAUAUUAUGUAGUGUAUCGCUGAAGCAUACAAUAAUAUAAUACCAUUAAAUAAAUGUUGAAUAAAUUUGUAGCAUGUGGUUUAUGUGAGUUGUAAAGAAAGUUAUUGUUUUAAGUUGUUUAAUUACUUUUACUUGUGUUAAAACGCGCGAUUCGAGUUUAAUGAUGGUUUUAUCUAUUCACACGUAUUUAAAAUAAUAUAUAAUUUGUAACGUUGUAAUAUAUUUUCGGUAACACAUUUACGAUAUAAAUACAUUUGUGGUGGUUUUAAUCAUUUAUGACACAUUGUUUUCAAUGUUUUCAGUGCUGCGUUGUAAUUGAUUUAUGUUUUUGUGAAAAAGUGCUAUUUGUGGAAAAAUUACAUUAUUGUUAUUAUUAGAAGUAUUGUUAUAUUAUAAUACUUUGCUGUGUUUAUGAAAAUAAGCAUAUCUAUAUCAAAUUGGUAUUUAUCAAAAUAGCAUAUCUGUUGUCAACAAUGACCUUUUCUAUAAAUAGAAUACGUUACUCAUAUAAAGGUAAGUAUAACAUGUUAAACGAUAUUAAUUUAUGUUUCCAAAAUAAUUCGUUUGGAUUUAUGUCACAAGCAAUACCCGUUCGUAACGCAAAACCUUCACACCUCUUUAUACUUCUGCUUAUUGCAAAGGGUAUUCAAUAUUGGUGUAUUUACAUGCCAUUCGCUAUAGCUAUGUAUUGCAUUGUUCAAACGUGAUUUUAACCCAUUUAUGCCUAGCGUCUAGAAAAAAGGCCUUUGCAAACAGCGUAGACCCAGAUGAGACGCCGUAUGAUGCGGCGUCUCAUCUGGGUCCACGCUGUUUGCUUAAAGGAAUUUCUGUAAGAAAAUUCUAAAUAUAGAAAUAAAUAUA